AUGCCUGGAUCAACGGAGAAAAUUAUUAAAAAUGUACAUGAAAUAACAGAAGAAUUAUAUAAACAACAUGAUUUUAAUCGUUUAUUACGUAUUUUACAACGCUUUGGAAGUCAACGUGAUGAAAUUAAACGAAAAGAUUCAAUACAAAAUUCAUCAGAUACUGAACAUGAAAUUGAUUUUUCUUUAGAUUUUACUGAUCGGUCAACGUAUGACAAAAAGCGAUCAAUGGUAUCCGUCAUAACAACUACAAUUACAAAACGAAAAAGAGGACAUGGAGAUGAUGAUGAAUCGAAAUCUUCCAUGCAAACAAAACAAGUUCGUAUUAAUAAUAUUAAUCGUGUUUAUGAUUAUUGUCUUAAUAAUGUAACUUGUCGACGAACACAGCUUUUAGAAUACUUUGGUGAAUUAUUUCCAUCAUCUGAAUGUAAACGUAUAAUAUCAACUGAAUGUGAUAAUUGUCGACAAGUAUAUAAAACAUCAUCUAUUGAUUGUACACGAUUGUCAAUUGAAAUUCUAAAAUUAGUAUCGGAUUUAAAUCAAAUAAACUCAACAUUACCUUAUAUUAUUGAUAUAUUACGUGGAGUUGAUAAUAAAACAAUUCGAGAUGCUGGUCAUCAUCGUUUACGUGCAUUUAAUUCAUGUCAUCAAUUAACUCGACUUGGUACAGAAAACAUAUUUAUAGAUUUUGUUUUUAGAAUUGGAUGUACUAGUAUCACAAUUAAAGCUGCCAUUUGA